AUGAAAACCGAGGUUGAAGCUGGUAUUUAUCGAAAAAGCUUAAGGGACAGAGAAGAUAUUGUUAGUGAAGUGAAAAGAGUGCUGGAGCAACAACUUGAAGCGGAUAAAGAGAAGGGCUUUGAAAACUUAUCUGGAAUGCAACGGAAAGCAAUCAGAAAAUUAAAAGAGGAUGAAGGUAUUAUCGUGAUCCCGGCAGAUAAAGGAGGCCAAGUAGUCGUAAUGAACGUGACUGACUAUAUCAAGAAAAUACGAGAAAAACUAGAUACAAAAGCGUAUAAACAGUUAGAAGAAGAUCCGUCUAAAUUUAUACAUAAAAAGCCAGAAGUGUUAUUCUCAGAAUUGAUGUAA